CCAGCUCUUGAUUGGAGCAAACUGAGACGUGCACGCGUUGGUCACGAGCUCCCCUGCUUGGCUGCUGCAUUCUGAGGACGAAUCCUCCGCUCACCGCUUGUUUUCAAUUAGUAAUCACAGCUGUUUUGUGCGCGCCUGCCACCGUUUCCAACGUCGUUAUUUCAAUGUCAACAACUGGACUGCCACACUGAGAGUCUGACACACCUGACGGGGCGACAUACAGAUCAGGAAGUACGACGAUGAACGGCAUGGUUUGGGGACUUCAUCACCUGCCGCGCAUCAUGAGUCAGUCCGAGAACAAAAGUUUCCAGCCCUGGAGGGACUACAUGGGACUGUCUGACACCGUCAAAGAGAUGCUGAGCCGAAAUGCAAUUUCUAAUUCCUCUCUGAAUGCACCCAAACCUUCCCAUUCGGAAUCGGGUGAUUGGGCUCUCGUGUCUGGCUUCUACGCAUUUGGCAAAAGUGACCAAGAGGCAGACAGUGCGCCAUAUUUUCAACCAAAAUCUCCACUCCGAGGCAGCUUGGAUAACCAGCACCCAGAUGAUGGUUUGCGUCCAAAUUCCGCUCCACCAGUAGUAGAUUUGAAGCCAAAAUCGACGACUUCCAGGGGACCAAAAGAGCGCAAGAAGGCGACGCGCUUCAAAACACCCGAGCCGCCAGCGUUGCCUGCGUCUCCUGAGCGCAUGUUCUGCAGCUUCUGCAAACACAACGGCGAGUCCGAGCUGGUCUACGGAUCCCACUGGCUGAAGACCCAGGCAGGAGAUGUUCUGUGUCCCUACCUGAGGCAGUACGUGUGUCCCCUGUGCGGAGCCACGGGAGCCAAAGCUCACACCAAGCGCUUCUGUCCUAAAGUGGACAGCGCGUACAGCUCCGUUUACGCAAAGUCCAAACGCUGAACCAACAGGUGGGAGGUUGCAAAGAGACACUACUUAUGAGGCGGAGAUAUUUUUCAGUAAUGAGUGGGGUUUUUUUUGUUGUUGUGUGUUUUGGUUUACUUUUUAUUUGCAUGCUUUGUUUGCUUUGGAGCCUCCAGUAUGGCUGAUUGCACUUGUUUUGCAGCUGGUCUCGUUGUCAGCCUGCUUCACCUGCGUCUGUUUGGAUCAUGGAAGUUAAUUUAAAGAGAACGACUGCCAGAUGUUAUGUAUGGGAGGAGAAAAAAAUGUAUGUUUUGUUUUGCAGACUUUUAAAACGUGGCCAACUGAUGUCCAUUUUCAUAAUUCCUGUCCAUGCAUUGAAGGAUUAUAACACUAUCUGUGCGUUUAUACGACGUGCAGCCAUCAGAAACAACUUUACUGCGGCAUGUAAACAUCAUGUGGCCAUGUCAGCGUUUUAAAUUUUUAAAAUGAGUGUCUUGUUCUGAGGUGUGCAAGUAAAUACUAGUUCUUGAUGCAUGCCAUUUUAUUUUCAUUAUAAUCUAUGUGGCUCUUCUAGUGGAAAACUAAUCGAAAGUUUUCUGUGUGAAUACUCUAAAGUUAUGUCCAUAUUGACCAAA